CCGAUCGUCUCCUCGAUAUUUCAAUCAUGUCGAUGUCGGCGCUCGUAUCUGCCCUCCGCGCCGCCGGCCGGCACCAUCUCUCCGCUGGCACCCUCAUCACGAGGCCGGUGACGGGCUCCUACCUGUUCAGAAUCGACCAGUACAAGCGCAUCCAGAAGAUGGUCGGCAAUGGCACGGUGAUCAAAUCAGGCACGUUCGGCGCGGGCGGCCACGACUGGCGCAUCAAGUGCUACCCGAGGGGCGAAGUAGGAUAUCGAGGCUACAUCUCCCUUUACCUCGAGCACGCCAGCCACGGCCGCACCGGUGACGCCACGGCUGAUUACUGCAUGAGCAUCCUCGACCACGCCGGGAACCCAUCGUGGACAAAGGGUAAUGCGAACAACUUCUCGAACCACGACGCGUUUGGCUGGGGUGCCUUCAUGAAGAUCGAAGACCUUGACGAGGAGGAGCACCUCAAGGACGGCUGCUUGUGCAUCCUCUGCAACGUGACCGUCCUUGACAUGCGCACCACGGACUACGGCGCCCGGCGUGCAUCCACGGGCGCCAUGGUGCCGCCGCCCGGCCUGCACCGGCAACUCACAGAGGACCUCUGGGAGUCCAAAGAGGAGGCGGACGUGGAGAUCGAGGUCGGCGGGGAGACCUUCCCGGCGCACAGGUGGAUGCUCGCUGCCGUGUCUCCUAUCUUCAUGGCUGAGCUGCUCCGGUCGCCUGCAGCGACGAGGAUACGUGUGGACGGAACUGAUGCCGGGGUGUUCAAGGCGCUGCUCCACUUCAUCUACACGGACGCGCUGCCGGAAGAGAUGGCGAAGCGAGAGACGUUGGCGACGAUGGCGAAGCCGCUGCUCGUGGCGGCGGACAGGUACAAGCUGGACAGGCUGAAGUUGAUCUGCGAGGAGGCGUUGUGCGGGCACAUCAAUAUGUUUUCGGUCGGCGCCACACUGGCGUUUGCUGAGCAGCAUUGUUGCCGCGUGCUUAAGGAGGCUUGCAUGCACUUCCUCGCUGAUCCGUGUAAUCUUGAAGCAGCCGUGGCAACCCGUAGUUUUGAUCAGCUGAAAGCAGCUUACCAUCCAACUCUCAUGUGGAAGCAGUAG